UUAAGAAUCAAAAGGCUAAGCCAAACUUUUGUUUCAGACAAAGGAGUCCCACAUCGCUUGAGAAACAGAAGGGUAAGCAAAAUCUUCUUUUAUAAAUAAAGGUGUCUCUACGCCAAAACGAGGUUUGCAUAGUUUCUCUCUUUCUUCAGACUAUCGAUGUCUUUGAUUGAAAACUCUUGUCUAGAACCAGAAUCCAAAAGGGCAAUAUUAAACUGCGGUCACUUCUUCGUCCGUUACGGAAUCUGCUGUAACUGCAGAUCGAAGGUAGAUAGAGAGUACGGGCGAGCAUUCGACUAUCUCGUCCAUGGUUUACAAUUAAGCCACAAAGCCGUUGCGGUUACAAAGAGCCUUACUACACAGUUGGCUUGUCUUAACGAGAGAAAGCUUCAUGUAGUCCUUGACUUGGACCACACGCUUCUCCAUUCUGUUAUGGUUUCACGGCUUUCUGAAGGAGAGAAGUAUCUGUUGAGAGAAUCAGAUUUAAGGGAAGAUCUUUGGACACUCGACAGAGAGAUGUUGAUUAAACUUCGACCUUUUGUUCACGAGUUUCUGAAUGAAGCCAACGAGUUUUUCUCCAUGUAUGUCUACACGAUGGGGAAUCGUGACUACGCUCAGGCUGUGUUGAAGUUGAUUGAUCCGAAGAAAGUAUACUUUGGGGAUAGGGUCAUAACCAGAGACGAGAGUGGUUUUUCGAAGACGCUUGAUCUUGUGUUGGCUGAUGAGUGUGGGGUUGUGAUUGUGGAUGACACUCGGCAUGUUUGGCCUGAUCAUGAGAGGAAUCUGCUGCAGAUCACCAAGUACAGUUACUUCAGAGAUUAUAAUCAGGAGGAUUCAAAAUCUUACGCAGAGGAGAAGAGAGACGAGAGUAGGAGCCAGGGAUCAUUAGCGAAUGUUUUGAAAGUUCUCAAAAAAAUUCACCAAGAAUUCUUCAGCGGCGGAAUUGAGAAAUUAGAUUCAAAGGACGUAAGGCUGUUGCUACAGGAACAACACAUAGCAAUUUAAAUCAAUAUUUGCUCCCAAAACCUAAGCCACCAUAAACAAAUUUCCCCUUUUAUAUCAGGACGGUAACAAGCAUUAGAAGGUUAAAUUUUACGAGUUCCAAUUAAUGGAGUUAGAUACUAGCAUAGGUACUGGAAGUGGAACCUUACGUAUUCAUCGUCGGAGGAACAUUGCUUGGUUUGCAUUUGAUAGAUGACGAAGACUUAAUUAUGCGCCGGGGGUUCCAGUACGUAAGGAAUCUGGUAAAAUGUGGCAGACGCUAGUUAGAAAUACAUUUACUGUUAAAGUCUUGACGUAUAUAUG